AUGAAAAUAAGUAGACAUUCUGAAUGCAAAAAGCCUGAUCCUAAGCCGGUUAUAAGGCCUCUAACUUCCUCUACCUGAUGAAAAAACAAUGAAAAGUUUUUAAAGAAGAAGGAAAUAGAGCUCAGGUACUCAAAAAUAAACUUGAAUAACAACUCGAGAACAACAAGAAAGCUUUCAGCGAUAUGUAAAACCUUAGAGAAGAAAUAUGAGACCCCAGCCAAAAAAAACACCAAUUUUUCCGAUACAAGGAGUGAUAUUGACUCUUCUGUGUAUGAAGAACCAAAAGAUUCCAUUGCUUCUAGCAAAAAUCUUCAGAAAAAGGAGGAGAUGUCUGAAGGUAAUUUUAGUGAACUAGUUGAAAAGGAAGACCUAAAAUCCCAAUUAGAAGAGCAGCUUCAUAUUAAUAGAGAGGCUAAGACCUUUCUAACUAAAGAGACUUAUAAAUAUAAAAGUCUUGCCAAAAGAUUAGAUGAUUAUGUUGAGUCCAACAAAAAUCAAUUUGAUGAUGAAUCUUAUAUGAUACAAAGUACAUCUGACGAGCACGAGCUUAUUCUAAAAAGUGCAAAUAAUGGUGACUGCUCUAGUACUCAUGAAAACAAGUCUCAUAGAAGCCUUACAAAUUCUAAGUCUCAACUUGAGGGUUCUAAUCAAGCUGAUGAUGUCUCUAACGAGAAAAAUAGAAAUUUUGAGUCUAGCUAUAACCACGUUCUGAACAAAGUUGAUGAAAUCAUUAAAUUGAAUCAAAUGCUGCAAACUCAAUUAAAGAUACAAAGAAAAAGAGAAGCUUCUUCAGAGAGAAGAGUGGAUGAUAAAAUAUCUGAAUGAAAUGCCUCUGAAGAAGACAAAGAGUCUUCUUGUACUAUCCACCUACAAGGUCCAAGUGCUUGAGCUGACGAGAGAAAUCACCCAAAUAUAAUAAUCUUUAACCCAACUACAAAUCAAGUUGGAAAGCAAAAUUUCUCAAGGAGCAGAAACGAUGGUCCUAACAACUUGGGAGACAUAUACACAAAAAUUUCUGAAACAUUUGCUCAUAAAGGAUUUAGCAAUGGAAAAUUUAGUAGAAAUGCUCAAAUAAGCAGAACGUUUCAUCAAUAUCCCUUAGAAUAUGGUCAAUCAAUCCAAGAGUCUGACAUAAGUUGCACCACUUGGGAAGAAGAUGAAGACGUCACCUCAUGCUCUAUUUGUAGUACUGAUUUUUGGCUCUUUCAGAGGAAGCACCAUUGAAGAGUCUGUGGCAAAAUCUUUUGUGGAAGUUGCAGUAGGUACUAUGUCAAUAUCAGUGGCAAGAAAAGAAGAGCAUGCAAACAUUGCAAGGAGAGCUAUGAUCUUUCCCAUCCUAGUAAAUUCUAAACCUUAUUUUGCUUCAAUUAGUUAACAAAC